AUGGGGGAGAUGCCUGAGGUCCCGGAAGCCACACAGCUCGCAAAGGAGGAUGCCCAGAAAGCCAUGACUAUCUUGGACAAGCACCUGUUGAACAACACCUUCAUGGUGGGACAUUCCGUCACAUUGGCUGACAUUUCAGUCUGCUGCGCGCUUGUAGACGGCAUGCAGAAAGUCUUCGAUGAGAACUUUCGGAAACAGUACACCAACUUGAUGCGCUGGUUCAACACUUGCGUUGGCACGCCGGAGUUCAAGGCGAUCUUGGGCGAUGUCAAGCUCUGCAGCAAGGCUGGAGGCGCAGCGAAGGGCGGCAAGGAGAAGCCGGAGAAAGCAGCGCCCAAAGAGAAGGCCGCGCCCAAGGAGAAGGCACAGAAG